UUUGCAAUACACCAUCAGCUUGUCACUUUGUGACUUUACCAAGAGACAACAUUGAUGAGCGUUUUCUCCCUGCCAUUAAUACUAUAUUGCAUUGAUUUCCUUGUUUAAAUCACUAUUUUAUAUUUUAACUCGUGAUUCGGUAAUUGGGAGAGGAAUCCAGGGUUGACCUGAGGAUGGAUUCUCCUGGAUGUUUUAUGGCUGCCCUGAGGGCUACCUUUGCCAGCAUCAGGCGCAGGAUCCAAGAAAGAGGAGUGAGGCAAAGACAGAGAAACUACCGAGUUAGUAAGAUCCAGACUAUUGAAAAGGUGGAGCAGAAGAGAGACAGGAGAUUGAAUAAGAGAGUGACACCAGAAGUGCUCCAGCCUAGCGCUCACACCCCAAAGAGAGACCCGAGAAGAGCCCGACUUGUGGCCUCGGGAUGGAGACCAAGGCAGGAAAAUGGAGAGGCGUUGAAGAGCCAAGCUCAGGAGAAAAUGGACGCCACUCUCCAGGCUUUUCAGGGGAGACGCAAGCCACUGAGGGUCCAGAGAAGAGCACCACAGGUGCAGGUCAAGAACCGUGGAGACACAAAUGUCAAUCCCCUGAGUUGCAUAGCCCUGGCUGUUAAAAAGGCCUGUAGCCAGAGAUGGCAGGACGUGGUCCUGGAAGGCAUACUAGUCAGCCAGGACAACAUCGGGAAGAGCUGUGUACCCCUAAAUGGAAAGAAGGCCUGUAGCCAGAGAUGGCAAGCCAUGGUCUUGGAAAACCUGAGGCUGACUGGACAAGAGGAACUUCCUGUCCCUCUGGAUACCAGCACUGACUCCACCAGCAGUGUUCUAGGUGAAGGCGGAAAUGAUCACCAAACGGAGGAAGUGAAAGCUGAAGACCAGGAGCAGCCAGGGGCCCGUGGGGGGGAUUUGCUUGACCAAGCGGAGACGCACAGGGACACCUUCAGCCCCAGGUGGCUGGAGCCGAUCUGGCUGGGUCCGGAGUGGGCCAAGAGAAAGAUGCCUCUCUUCAGCGCUGUGGGCCAAUGAACGACAGCACCAGUGAUGUACUCCAGCUACGAGGACAUGGGAUAUAAUGGACAGCUACAGUAUUUCCAUACACAACACUGGACAACUGCAGUGAAGGAGGCUACUGCUUCUUCUAUUCCAAUUUCACUUUCUUUUAAAUUUUGAUAUUGAAUAAAAACGGUGUGUGGAAUGAA